UGGUACACUGCCGGCUCGGCUCGAGAGGGAGCCGGUGGAGGCGGCGGCGGCGACGGCUCCGGUGGAGGCGUCGCAGGAGCCUCCGGAGCAGGAGGUGGCGGCGGUGUCGGCAACGAACGACGUUGGUACACUUGCACCGGCUCAGCGUACCGCGGCGGCGCCGGUGUCGGCGCCGAACGACGCCGGUACACCUGCACCGGCUGAGCGGACCGCGCAGGUGCAGGGGAUGGCACCGGGGCCGCGCGUGGUGCAGCAGGAGACACCGGGUCCGCGUGCGGCACGAUCGGAGGUAUAGUUGGCCAUGCCUGCCGAGCCCGUUGGCCCAGCACGGGGCCCGUUUUUUUGGCCCGGCCCAAGCCCGGCCCGACCCGGUGACCAACGGGCCCGGGCUAGCACGGCCCGAGGGAGCGAGCCGUGCUUGGGCCGCACCCCAGGCCCGUGGCACGGCACGGGCACGGCCCGCUCCAACGGUCGGCCCGGUACCGGCCCGUUAACUCCCGCGUAUGUAUCACCGAUACGCGAUACGGGUACGGCGAUACUGAUACGGCGAUACGUGAGUUUGAAAGAUGACACAAUGGUAGUAUAAAGAGAGUAUCGGAGUAUCGAAGUAUCGAAGUAUCGGAUACGCAAGUAUCAGAUACGGGUACGGCUGGGUUAGUGAAGUAGCGGCCCCGCCCCCACCCCCCAAACCUAACCCAACCUCUCCCCUCCCGGCCGCCGCACUCGUUCAGUCGCUCUCGGCACUCGUUCAGUCGCUCUCGCUUUCGUCUCGGGCUCUCCGCUCUCGGCUCUCGCAGUAGAUCCGUCGGCUGCCGCUCGCCUCCGACCAUCCCCGGCUCCGGUGACCACGCCGACGCUCCUCCAUCUCUCUCCCUCCUCGUCUCCUCCCUCCCUACUCUCCCUUCCUCUACUCUGUCCUCUCUAUCUCGCCGGAAUAUGUGAGUUCGUGUUACUGUCCAGUCCCUCCGCCGCUCGCCGUCGAUUCCAGUUUCUAAUCGGUUCUGUCUCGUCUCCUUUGGGUGGCCCUCGUCCGGCACCGGGCUCCGGUAGCGCAGGUCGGUGUCCGAUGCCGAGUCUUCCUCCUCUGGCCUAGACAUGGCUCGGCUCCGGCCCGGUGCUCCGUUGAGGAAUGGUGCUGGAGGCGAGGGUCAACCGUCCGGCCCGUCCGCGCUCGGGGUCGCAAUGCCGGGGGUGGAUGAGCAUCCUGGCGACGACCACCUAGCGGACGAGCUAGAAAUGGAGGACGACGACGUCCGUGAGGACGCUGCGGCGUUGUUUGGUAUCGAUGUCGGUGACGGCAACGUUCCGAACAACGUUAUUGAUGUCGAUGCCGAGGCCGGUGCCGGCGACGGUGGUGGAGGGGCCGCGAUGGCAGCAGGGUGCGGCUCCACCGACACUCAUGUUACCUCAUCUUCAGGUAAACGCAAAUCCAGUGUCUGGGCUGAUUUCAAGGAGGUAAGGAAAAUGAUGUGCGAGUUGCUGCUAUCUGUAACAUUUGUAGCAAGAGAUUGUCUGCUAGAUCUUGUUCUGGUACUGGUCAUUUGUGUCACUGCUUAUGAUGAUGACUUUGACAUACUUCUUUGGUGGCGUGACCAUAAGCUAACCUAUCCAAUCCUAUCUAUAAUGGCUAGAGAUAUCAUGUCUGUUCCUGUAUCUACUAUCUUUUCCGAGUCUUGUUUCAGUUUAACAGGAAGGAUCCUUGAAGAGCGGCGACGGCGCCUCUUGCCAGAGAACGUGGAGAUGCUUACCUGCAUCAAGGAUUGGGAGUUAGGGGCAAGAAGAGAACAACACGAAGCCGAGGACACAGAGCUGGAGGAAGCAUUCAAGAACCUCUUUCUUGAUGAUGAAGGAGCUGGUGGUGGUGGGGCUGUGAGCUGAGCUGAGACUCUGAGAGUGACUGAGAGGGUUAUUUUGCUGUGAGAUGAGUGAGUAAUAUGUGGACUCACUGUAAUUUUGGGUGGCCAUUUGAACCACUAUGGAUUGUAAUAACAUUAACACUUAAUUGUGAGCUGGCUGCACUCUUUUUUUCUUUCUAGGGUUUCUUACAAGGGUGAGUUUUACCUAGAAAGGUUUUUAAUGAGGCAGCAUUGCACAUCAGCUCAUUUUGAUAUAUUCUUGCUA